CAUACUUCAUGCCGCAGUCUCCGGACCCCAGCCUCCGCUUCCUCUCGCCAUGGAUCCCAACUGCUCCUGCACCGCGGGUGGAUCCUGCACGUGUGCCGGCUCCUGCAAAUGCAAAGAGUGCAAAUGCACCUCCUGCAAGAAGAGCUGCUGCUCCUGCUGCCCUCCGGGCUGUGCCAAGUGUGCCCAGGGCUGCAUCUGCAAAGGGGCCUCGGAAAAGCUGCUGUGCCUGAUGUCGCGGAGAGCCUGCCCCGGGUGUAAAUAG